AUGUCAAGCAAGAUGCAGGCAGCCGAGAUUGUGAAGUAUAGAAAGCCAUACCAGCUACGCGAGCGCCCUCUGCCUCGGUGUAGAGAGCAUGAUCUCCUCGAUCGCGUCCACGCAGCUGGUUUUUGUCAUUCCGAUCUUCAGGUACUGAAUGGGCAAUUUCCGAUCCCGGACCUUCCUAUGAUUCUAUCGCACGAGCCAGCUGGCGAAAUCGUUCAAACAGGUGCUGCAGUCCAGGGAUCAUGGAAAAUUGGAGACCGUGUUGGCAUCCUAAACUUCAAGAACGCUUGUGGAAGCUGUGUAGGGUGUCGUCAGCACACGCGGAGAGCGACCCGCCCCGAUCCGCGCUUCUGCCAGAGGCGAGAGAUGGCUGGUUUCAGACACCAUGGUCAUUUGUGCGUUCAGUUCGCGAAAGCCCUGGGAUACAAGACGGUGGCCAUCGACAAUCACCUUGAAGGUCGGCAGCUUGCACAGGACUUGCCCAAUCACCUGAGGCCAGAAUUAAUCAUCGACUCGACUGCUAGCAAAGCUGAUGAGGAAAUCCUGGAAUUCACUUCUGGUGAAGGUCUCGCUGGAAUUGUCGUAUGCACCGAUUCUGUACCAGCCAAUGCUUGGAGCUUUCAGCAACUGGGUAACAAAGGAGUGAUGGUGCCACUCGGCCUCCCUGCUGAGAAGUGGCAGUUCGACUCCGAAGUCAUGGUUUUUCGCGAGCUCACCAUCAAGGGCAGCUAUGUGGCUAGUGUGGAAGAGGUCGAAAACAUGUUUGAGAUCGUGGCCGAGCAAGGCAUCUCGUCGCAUCUGACAAUCUUGAAUUUUGAUCAAAUACCCUCCUUGGAAGAUUGGUAA